AUGACUUGGUUGGUCGUACUGCCAUGCCUAGCGGUCGUCACUGCACUUGGCGUACGGCACAACGCAGUGUUCAAAAGCAUCCACCAGGCAAACUUGGAGUGUCAGCGAUACCUGAACGGCACCAACAACGAGACUUGCGGGUCACGCUGUGAACUGCUCGUUUUGCGCGGCUGGAGUGACGAAACCGGACUGGUGUGUGAUUCCUACCAGCGCUACUUCCGGCCCACCUGUGACGACACGGAUUUCAAGAACCGAACGCGCAGCUGCAUUGCGAGUGGUUGGAGCACCGCGGGGGAUGUGUGCGAUUGUGCGGAAGUUGCGGCUCGUUGCUGUCGCGAGCAGUACGGUUUCCUGGAGUCGCGGAGUCCCAAGAUCUUGCGGAUGCCCGAGGUGCUGGUGACGAGCAGCUUGAUGCAGUGUGCGCGGAUUUUGGGUGUUGCGGCUGAGGAGUUGAGGCUGUAUCGGGGCGUUUGGUUUCAGUUUCCGGAGAAGGCGAGGCGUCUGCUGCGAUGCUUGGUGUUGCGUCAGGGUAUCUUUGCUGAUGAUCAUGGGUUGGACGUUGACGGAGCGUUUUUUCAGUAUGAACAUAGUAUUGAGAAAGAAGAGUUAGAGGGAAGUUUUGGGAGGUGUGCAAACAGAGUUCUAGCGAAACAGUACAAGGACAGAAGUCGUUGGGUAGCCCGGACUAUGUUUCAGUGUAUUCCACGGAAUGUUUCUUUCAAAAUCGACUCGGUUGAUCUGAUACCUACGAAGUUACACCCAGUGGAAUGCAUGAAAGUUUUCAAAUCCAAGUGUCAAGAGGGUUGUAGUCGCGAGACUAUCGCCGAACAGUGCCAUGAUCCUGCUUUCAAGAUAUCAACGGAUUUGUUAAAUGACUUACUGCAGCAACUGGAGGUCAGCGAGGAGGGUCUGUUGCUACCUUCGAUUACCCUAAUUGAUCUUCUACCAAAGGUAAUCGACGAAUGUGUUAGUACUCGGCUCAACGACUGUCUUGAAGACUGUUCGCAUCAGGGAAUCCAAGUGAUAUGUAGUCCUCCUUAA